AUGACUCAGCAACAAGGGGAGACGAAUCGACCAGGGCAUUUUGGACCUUCUAGGUCCACCGACUUGGGUAUUUUGGGCACUUCACAUCUGGAAGUAGACUCAUCAUUUGGCGCCGUCUGUGGGGAGCUCUUAAAGGAAGGAAGAGCUUCACACCCAGCUCCGAUCUGUUUGCUGAUGGCGGAGAAGGAAGGCUUGCAGAGGAACUUGAGCGAGGAGUUUAGAGGGACGUGGAUGGAUAAGAGGCCACCGCCGCUCUCCACCACCAAACAUCCCGUAAUGCAGAUGAUGGGAAUGCCACCUGGCGGAGGACUUCCACCACCAGGACUGACGUUGGGCGGAGAAACGCCUGUGACUCCAACCGGCGUGAAGCUACAAGUGUUGACCCAGGCAGGAACAAGUCAAAACCCUAACCCAGAUAGGGAGAAGGAGCCAACGGAGACACAACCCCGCGUCGAGGAACAGACUCUGACAAUGACGAGGAGUGAGAUGCAAAAGAUGAUUGCUGAAGCCGUGGCGGCCCAGAUGAAGAAGAUAGCGCCGGUAGAACAGCAGCCUCGAGUCGAGUACCCCCCUCGAGUCGAGCAGCAGCCGCGUGGCGAGCAACAAGCCCAUCGAGACGAUAAGAAGGAGAAGAAAAGCCAGUCGACAGGGGAAAGAGGGGGAUCACCACGAGCUGACAAGGGUGAAGGACGAUACAGAGGAUGGAGGCCGACUCAAUACACACCCCUGUCGGCUCCUCAUGCAAGAAUACUGAAAGUCAUGGAAAGAGAGAUCCAUUACGGCCACGACACUGAUGACUGCAGACACCUUAAAGACGAAAUCGAAAGGUUGAUAAAGGCAGGACACUUGAAGGAGUUCAUAUACAAAGACCGUGAGAGGUCGAGCAAGAGGAGAGAGAGAAGCAAGAGCCCUCGCAAGAGGGAAAGAUCACCAGAGAGAGAGGAGCUCCCACCAAAAAGGGGAGUAAUUAAUAUGAUUUUUGGAGGGUCAACAGACGGGGACUCGAACCAAGCAAGGAAA